AUGGACGAGUUUUUACGGAAACUCAAUGAGCCAGCUCCACGGGUCAAGGAGGAAUUGCAAGAGGACGAUGUACGUUUAGUUUUUUUUUGCGAAACUUUAGCAUUUUCCAACUGAAUUUUUUCGAUAUUUGAAACAAAUCUUCACGCCGAAACAGUUUCAGUUGCGAGACCUCGUCUUCGACGGAGAAAGUGUGUCGGCACUCGACAAAAUGGGCGAAGAGUUCGAGAAGCAGAAGCGGAAAGAGGCGGAGGACGCGAAAAUUGUGCAGGAGGCGAGGACCGCAUCGGUCGGACAGUUCAAGGAACCGCCGCCGAAGAGGACAAAGAAGGGAGGGAAGAGGACACGGAGUGAGGAGGACGAGGGCCGGGACGAGAAGAGGUUAACACUCGCAAAGUAAGGCACCGGAUCUGGGCAACAGGUCACAGACACUUUGUACUUUUAAACCACUUGUAAUGUUCCGAUCGUACCACGAACAUUGUACACUUCUUGGACUUGAAUUCGACUUUGAGACCGAUAUGUAGAUCAGAGGCCGAAAAGUCUGCAGUUUCUACUAAAACUUGGUCCGGACCAGGUGAUCCGAUCGGUCUGAAACUUGGACAAAAUCUACUUCAAUCCAAGUCCAAGAAGCCUACAAUGUUCGGGUCGUAUAGGAUUAUUGCAACUGGGCAAAAAGUUCAGGCCUUGGUAGAGUUUUCUGAGAUUUCACAAACUGUCAACUAUUGUUCUUCUGUUGUCGCCUCAAUUUUAUCAAGAACAAGUGGAGAACCAUUGAAAUGAACAAAAUGCAUUUUGGCGAGGCGGUUACGGUUGACAAUAGGAGUCUGCAAACACCAGAUACAGCAAUAAUAAACUUGGCCGUGAAAAUUCUAGGCCAAGUUCGACAAAGCGCGAUUUUGCAAACACUCGAUCCUCGACAAACCUCUGUAACUUUUGCGCAAAAGUUACAGAUGUUUGCCGAGUCAUUUACCGUACUCAAAUUUUUUGCAGAGAAAAAGAGCGCGGUCCACUGACGACGUUCGGACACUCGUCCCGUCCUCGCCGAUCCGUCAACUAUGCGAGUAUCGAGCGUGGCGAAGAGGCGCAGGCACAAUCGUUGGUGACCGAAUUGCACGGGAAACGCAAAAACAAGCGGACGCGUGACGAAAUGGACGAGAAUUGGACGAACGACGACGCGGCGGCGGCGGCUGCGAAAAAGCGGACGAACUAUGCGAUCAAUCCGAGAACCAGAAGGACCCCGUGGCUCCCGCCCGGAAAACCUAUCGGACCCUCGACUUCUUCCCCUCCCUCCUCGUCGUUUCUCACUCCGACUGCUCUAAGUGCAUGGGAAGAAAGUCGGGCGCAGAUGGAAUUCGCGAAUGUCACUCCACAAGUCGACGAGGAACGUCCGCCCGCAGAACACCGAACCGUCGGCAAAGGGUUGGAUGCGACACAGGCGGUGCGCAGGAGUUCCGGCGGUUUCCGACGAUUUAUCGCGUGGAUUUCCGACGAGCGACUCAUCAGAAUUUUGUUAGUAGCUCUAUUCUUGCUUAAGGAAAUGCUUUUCAAUAUAAAUUUUUCAGCGAAACGGUCAAAGCGCGCUAUUUGAUAUCGGAAGACGACGAGUUGCGAGUUCUGAAAUCGCUCCGCCACGUGUACAAUUCGAUGCCGCUCUCCUACAAACGCAACUGGGAGUUCGCCGCCAAAAUGGACAUUUUCGAGUCGAGAUCGUUCGCGCCCGGCGUCCCCAUGCCCUUCUCCGAGAUUCCACUCGUUCCCGCCAAUGUACAGGUAGGAAAUGAAGUCUGAGAACAUUUUUUGCGAGCCUUUGCGCUGCUUGAUGUUUUUUUUUCCACGAAACAGCUCUAAUUAAUGUCCCGUUUGAAGUUGAGCGAGAAAAAUUAAGCGUUACUUCAAAGUUGCCCAUUUUUAAUAAUUAUUUGCAGACGAAGCAGAUUCCGCGAGGCGCAUUCGAGGCGAACUGCUGCUCGAUGCGUCCGACGUGGUCGUCGAUGCUGGAGGCGGCGGAGCACUACCUGCAGCACCACGACACGGUGCAUCUGUUCGGCUGCGACGCGUGCACGAAGCUCUUCUCGUCAAAGUACGAAUUGACGCGGCACGACUGCGACGCGUUCCGCACUCAUCUCCUCAGUCUGAUGAUGGACGGAAAACAACUUACUUUCGAGGCCGCCCAUCUAUAUUUGUGCUGUACGCAGUGCGGACUCUGGCUGCCCGUCAAGUUGUACGCCGCCGAGCACAAGGGAUGGCCCUACUUUGCCACCAGCAUGGUUUGUCGAGAAAACUGUACUGUUUUUACCCUUUUUUUUGCAAUAAUUCAGAUGAAUCACUCGUGCCAACCGAUGGUGUGCAUCCUCGUGUUCUUCCGAAAACCGUUGCCCGACGAGAACACGCGAAUGACGUUCCAAAUGCUCAGCCACGUGGAUAUUGGCUUCCCGCUCAAGUGCGACAUUUGCCACGAUCCGGAGCCGUUCAAAUCGGUCAAAGAGGCCGAAGAGCACUACAUGCAGCAUCGGAAACUCGCGUGCAACAAGUGUCCCAAAGUUUUCGGCACUGAAUUUUCAUACAGGUAAAUUUGCGGAUUUGUGUGGAUUUUUUCUUCCAAAAAAUACCACAAUUCCGAACCCGUGAAAUGCGACAAAAAUUUCAACCGGAAUCGUGGAAAAUUAGAUGCGAAGCGACAAAAGAGCAGAGUGUAACUUUCCAGAAAUUUCGAAUUUCCUCGAUUUUUGGUCUUUGACACUCGUACAAUUUUUUGCACGAUUCUAAUCUGGGAACCUGAUUCUUGAGAGUUUUCAGAGAAAUCGGAAAAAAUCGGAAAUGUUUUAUAAGAGAUAAUCAUUUUAUAUAUUCAGACACCAUCUACACGACCACAUAGCCCAAUCGGCGCAAUUCUCGAACUACCUGAUGUACUCGGCCACGUACCAACCACCGCCGAAUUCGGGACGCCGCCCGCACGUCGGAUUUCUGACCGACAUUCCGGCGGUCGGCGGAUUCGAGGCCAACCAAGUCGCCGCGCUGGAGGCCGUCGAUUGUGAACGCGAAUUUGUGCAGGUAACUGAAAAGUUAGAAACAAAGUAGACCUUCCUUUUUUCUAAAACUCGAUUUUCUUUUUCGAAAAUAAAAAUCAUUCCAGCCCCACGAGAACACGAUGCGCAAAAAGUUGUUGCGUUGGAAAAACGAGGCGGCGAUCGCGAAAAAGAAGGCGUCACGGCGCAAAAAUGGGGAAAACGAGGCAUCCGAACACUUUUCCUCUUCCUCUUCCACUUCUGCCGACGAGAAUGGAGAGGAAUCGGCGCAGGCACGUCCGAAAAGACGGACGAAAACGGCAAAGGCGUCGAAAGUGCGGCCGGACCUCGGCUACGAGCAUAUCGAUCGGAAAACGCUGUUCGGAAGGGACGAGAAGGAGCAGGAGGCGAUGGAGAAACUGCAAACAAUGAUGAACGAUCGCAUUUUCACCGCCGCCGACCGACUAUUGGAGCCCGAAGAGGCGCUGGCCGUGCUCGCGGAAGCUGCAGAAAAAGUAGGAAUUUUCUCGUUUUUUAGGUUGAAAGAAAACCAAUUCUCAAUAUUUUCAGCCUCCGAAACUGCCGGCCCUCCAAUGUCCGUUCGCCGACGAAUUGGCGUUGAAAGUGGUGCGGACGGUGACUUUGCCGGCCUCGAAUUGCAUCGAUCCGCUCAAAGAUCAACUGCCCCUCAACAGAGUGUUUUUCUAUUGUCCCAAAUGUGUACUUGUGGGCUGUUCGGAUCCGAAAAUGCACGGCGCACACUGUGGAACUGACGAGGUAUUUUUUUUGUUAGACAUACGACGAUUCUCAAACAAAAUUUGCAGGACGACAUAGAAAUCCUGUUCCACGGCGCGUCGAGCCCGCACGCGGGCGUCCGCUGCCUGGACCCGUCGUGCGACCUGCACAUCUGCUCGGUCGCCUCGCUCCGCAUCCACUGCCAACUCGUGCACGGCAUUUCAGUCAUAAUGGAGCCGCCGCCACACUACGUCGAGAAUCCGCGCGAUCCGAACUUCUACAAUCGAUACGAUCGCUCGCUGAUGGCGCUCGCCAAAUAUUUCAACGAUUUCGUGGUCGACCCACGUACGCCGGUCGCCAAAAUGACCGAUUUGGACUGUCGUUUGCCGCCGAUGGGCCGACUGGUGCUGAGGGCGAAAAGCGACGUGCGAGUGAUGCCGACGCGGUUCCCGGUGCAGACAAAGCAACACGUGCAGCCGAACAACGGAUUCGUCCAACAUCAACGGCCGCAAGUUCCGGCGCCCACACGGAAACCCGGAAAUUUCAUCUGGCCGUUCAAGACUCCCAAAACUGUUAGUAAAUGGGGGCAAAAUCGGGGCUCAACAGGAGAAUAGUAGUGUUAUCAAUUAGAAAUCUAAUUGGAGUCAGUUAGAAGUUUGACUGGGGUGGCGUGUAAAUUAGAUAGAUUUCACACCAACUCACACAUGUUCAAUUCCAGAACCGCUGGUUCUCGUGCUCGUUCUGCGAAGUGGAGUGCGAGCACGGCGAAAAGUUCGUCGAGCACCUCCUUCGAGCCCAUCUCGCUCUGUGCCCGGCCUGCGCGCACGGCUACGCGAAUCCGGCAUUCAAACGGACGCACUAUUGCUCGAAAAAGUUUGCGGACGUCGGACGCGGAAAGAUGGGCAGCAACCUGUCGGGACAGUGCCCGUUUUGCACCGGACGGUUUGCGAUCGAGAAGCUCUACGAGCACUUGCUCCGCAAUCACUUUGACGAGUGCAAAUACGUCGUCACCACCGGAGAGGUAAACCGUUUUUAAAUUUAAAAGAAAAAUUGACUUGAAGAAUAGAAACGUUUUUUUUUAAUCUUUUCAGCAAAUAAACAAGUAUUUUCGUGUAAAUUCCGGUCCGACGCGUGACAACUAUGAAAUGUUCUGUAAAAAGACGAUUUUUGAUUGCAGUUUCACCCGCUGCCCGUCGACCCUCGAAUCGACGAUUUCCGUUCGGAGUACCGCGAAAAAUGCAUCCGAAUGGAUCUGGAACCGGUGCACGGACUCACCUACAAACAGGUCUACAUGCGGUCCACUCCGAUCGGCGCGUUCCCGCUCGUACCGCCCGACCCCAAAUCGGUAGGUUUUUAAUUUUUAAAAAUGACUUCAAUUUUUCUUUCAGUUGGACCCCCGCCUAAUGUGUUAUUUGUGCGAACUGACGUUCGACAGUGUGGCCGAGCUGACGGAGCACCUCGGCGAGCACGUGGAAAAGUUUUCGAGUUGUCCGUUUUGCGGAAUCAAAAUCGCAUCGCAUUUCCACAUGCAACAGCACAUGCGGGAACAGCACGUCCAGAUGGGACCCUACGGAACGCAAAAUGUACGGGUUCUCCCACACAGAAAUCGGUUAAAAUGACAUUUUUUUUUGCAGUGCUGCCAGUGGUGCCACGAGCCGCAAAACCGGUACAUCUACUCGCAUAUGCUGUUCCGCUGCCAGUACCGUCCGAUUUGCACGAUCUGCGGCCAAAAGUCGCUGGAUCCGUCGACGGUGUGGCAGCACAUGCAGCGGCAGCACGGAUCGAGCAUAUUCCGUUUCAAGUGCGGACAUUGCAUGGAGAACUUUAUCAGCAUGGGCGAAUACUACGAGCAUGCGUGCUCGGCGAGUCCGUUGCGAAUGUUCAAGUGCGACUGCGACGACGAGCGUUAUUUCAAGACGGUCGCCAACUUUCUCGACCACUUUGACUCGUGCCACGUGUCCGGCGGCAACACGAACACGUGCGACAUGUGCCAGUGCUCGUUCGGCUCACAAGAACUGCUCGCCCGCCAUCGCAAUACGCACAAGAAGAGCGAGAUACCGAAGCACAACUGGAGGAAGGUGUUCAUCACCAUGGAGAGCUUCUUCCCCAAGGUUCGCUUCGAUUUUUUCCUUAUUCAAAUGUUUCGUUGAUUGUGUGUAUGUUUGCAGCGAGACAGCGGCUACAUCCGAUACGUGGAGGGCGGUCGGGCGCCGCCGUCGUACAUGCGGAAGGACCGAUCCGAGAUGGACUACCUGAUGGGCGAGACGGGCGACCUCCCGAUCGACGAGCCUGCGCACACCCUAGCGGCCCUUCCACGACCGCCACGUCCGGAGAACGUGGUCCGUGCGAGCGAGUAUUUCGCCUCGAAGGGCUCCAUUCCGAGACCGGUGGUCCCGUCGCAAAGGACCGUUCAGCACAAGCCCCCACAGACACAGAGACUUCCAUUGACUCAGCCGAGAAUUCCACCGCCACCUCAGAAACAUGUUAGAGUUAGUAAUGGAAAUGGGAUUGGAUAAAAGUAUAAUGGGUCCAAGUUUUCGGAUCAUCGGCCAAUGAUCCACAUAUAUCGGGACCGGAUGAUCCGAUCGGGCUGAAACUUGGUCCCAAUAUACUUCAAUCCAAGUCCCAAAAGCGUGGGGAGUUUGGGCCCGAUCGCAUUAUUGCAACUGGUUCAAAAAUUCAAAAAAUUGCAGCCUGCCGUCGUGAAGCCAAUCCUUCCGACAGAAGUCAUCGAACUGUCGGAUGACGACGAAGAAGACGAUGACGAUAUUGUUAUUGUGAAAGAUACGAAUGCUGGUGAGCUUUUUUCUAGAGAAUUUAACCCUAACAAUGAAAUCAAUCUCAGAAAAUGCAGUGCACAAUGACAAUUCGGGAGAGCCGCCGGCGAAGAGAGCAACCGUCCCGACGCUGGAAAAUCAAAUUAGCAGUCAGAGUAAGCGUGAACUUUUUUUUUGGGAAUUUUGUUCUUAAAAUAUCAUUUUCUCGAAAUUUUAUACUUUCUCAUCGAACAAGAAUAUGUUCAAAUCGACUCGAGAGCUUUUUCGGCGAAUUUCCAGUAAUACUAGAGCGUUUAGAAGGCAGCCAGGUGGAGAAAAUUCGAAAAAAAUUCACGAGCUGAACUAAAGAGUGCGAAAGUUUCAGUUCGUGUGGAAGAAGAACACCGCGACGGGUACGGAGGGACCGAGCAGCCGGGAUACGUCGUAGAGGACAAUGAUUUGGAAGUGACGGGGCAGACGACGCCGACGCACACGGACACGCCCGUCCUGAAGGUGGUGCAGGACGAGCUGGGCGACGAGGAGUUGGCUGUCGUCGCAGAGGUCGAGCAGUACGUUUCCUUUUCUUUGUUAUGUUUGAGGUUCUCUCUCUCUUCUACCGCGCAAGCGGUAUUUCUUCCGCCCCGCGUUUUUUCGCUAAACAAAUUCUCAGGCAACGAGCAGCAAAUCGCUCGCCCGAACCUGGGUAAAUUAGCAUGUUCCAUUUUCCAAAAUUUUUAGCCCAUCUGGAACACUGCCGUCAGGAGUGGCUGCCGCACGCGAGAAGACGUUAAAAUGUACGCAGUGCUCGUCGACAUUUUACACGAGUCGGGCACUCAAAUCGCACGCGGAAGGACACAAAAUGGACGCCGGAGCGCAGAUUUGUCAAGAGGUAUUUUUGGGAUUGCUUAAAAAUUUAAUAAUCGCAUUUUGCAGACGUACGGACUUCCAGUGGACGCGCGCGCAUGGAUCUGCCGCAAUUGUUCACUGGCCUUCGAGGACCGGCUCACUUUUGACAAACAUAUUGUGAGUUUGAAUCGAUUUUUAAUCAUUUUUUUGUACGCACUUUCUCUAUAUUUCAGGCCAUCCACGGCGACACAAUCCACCCGUGUCACAUGUGUUCGGGCAUCUCGUUCAACGGCAAUACAAGCCACAAUCACGCGCAGGCACAUCAGAAGAAGGCGGCGUUGUACGCGUGCGGCACGUGUCUCAUGAAGUUCCAAUCGGUAAGUGCAGGAAAAACUUCUUUUUUUUCUCAUAUAAAGUGAUGUAUUUGAGGAUCUGUUUCUGGCGGACCAUUUGCUGAACGUGCACUCAGUGCAACACUUCUAUUUUUGCAAAGUUUGCGCAUUCGGAGCCACCGACCUCAACGCCGUCUUCGAGCACUGUACGACGUUCCACGACGGACAUUCUUAUGUACGCCCUUUUUUAAAUAUGUUUUUAGACCUAAUAUUUUAAUUCUGUAUUUCAGGCCCUUGCCCAACGAAUCGGCGCUUCGCCCGUUCAAUUGUUCAAUUAUCAACCGAGAAAUGAGGAGGAGUUUAGGGCGAAUGUGGCUAAAAAUCUGAUUAGGGUGAGAUUUUUCGGGUGUUUCUAGCCGGCCUUUUAUUAUUAUUUUUCUCAUUCAGCUGCACACGCCGUCGGACUGCUCUCAUCGAUCGAUGCUGCUGAAUAGUGAGGUGUUGGUGGCGUGCAAGACGUGCUUCUGCACUGUAAGUUUCACCGGAAUCACGAAUUUAGCGGAAUUGUUGCUUACAGCAAACGUGGUUCAGUUUCCUGGCGUUCAACGGCUACUCGGAAGAGACGGGUUUCCCGCAGUUCCGCGUCAUGGAUGUGCCGGCCGACGCACGCCGUCUCUUCCCGCUCAUCCACCACCUGAGCAACGCGAAUGAGGCACAGAUGCGGAAGCACGGCACCGCGCGCACCUUCCCCGGCCGCCCAGCAGCCCAGCAGCACUCGACGCGCACGCCGCGAACCGCACGGCGAGUCGUGGCGCCGGUACCGCCUGUCGGAACGAAAGCGCCGAAGGGAGCGAGGAUACUGUUGCCGAUCACCACGGUUCCGGCCGAUCAGCCGACGACCAGCAGCGCCAUUCCACCGCACAGGUGAGCCCGAUAUUUUCCGCUAAAAUGCUCACUCUCUCUCUCUCUCUUUCCAGACUGACGGGGAUAACGACGAAUCGUUCGGUGCCGACGCCGCCGCAAAGAAGGACCGUCCAAUCGGCGGCGCCUCCGCAACGGCCGCUCCUGGCAGCCGGGCACGCCUCGACGGACCAACAACAACAACAAGCAGUCAAGGCUGUGGCGACCAAGAAUCCGCAUAAAUGCAUGGUACCAAUCUGAUUUGUACAGUUGUUCUUUGAAAAACACCUAUGUGAAUUCCAGGAAUGCGACGGUUUGAUAACAACUGAAUUCGACGCGUUCCUGCACCGAAUGCACAACUCGACGGACACGUGGCUCUGCCGAUGGUGCGGAUUUUCGCGCACCUCGGAAAUCGACCUCUUCCAGCACUAUUUGCAAGAGCACCUGACGCCGGCGUUCAAAAAAUACAGUACGUAGAGGAAGAAGCUGACAAGAAGAACGACAAAAAAUCCAAUCAUUUUUCGCAAUUUCAGAAGACGAAGGCUUCAAAUCGAACAUUUUCCAACUGACUUGUGCGUUUCCGAACUGCAAACAUCAGGUUUUCUCGUCGCCAGCGGCCUUCAAUCGGCACCUCACUGUUUUUCACGAAAGUGUACUUCCACACGUGUCUCAGUACGUUUUUGGCACAAAACUGACCUGAAACUCGUUGCUUAUUUCAGAUGCUGCGAAACGCGUUUUACGACGACCGAACUGUGUGAAAGGCACGAGCAGGAGCACUUUAAGUAUUCAGAGUAUGUGCAGGGAAACAUUUCAAGCUAGAAAAAUUGUUUUCAGAUUGAAUGGAACCGACGCCCAGUGCUGCCCAAUCUGUGGAACGAUGGAAAUGUGGUCGCUGCCCAAAGAUGUACGCAAUUUUCAAUCUAAAGAAAUUGGAAAAUCGCCUCUAUUUUUGGCACUUUUCAAUGCGUUUUGUUUCAGCGCUCGACCGAUUCGCUGCAAUCGCAUCUCGUCCGCCACGGACUCGAUUUUCGCGUCGCGUGCCGAGGAUGUAUGCAACAAUUUUCGGCCGACGUUUAUGUGAGCGAAUUUCGUUUUCAAAAACCUUCGAUUCAUUUCCGAGUUUUGCAGCGAUCCGCAGCGAUGGAGCACAUGCACGAGAAGCAUUGCACGACGAGUCAGGCGGACGGAAAACGCACGUGUCAGAUUUGCGGCGAGAUGGGAAUGAACGACGAGCAGUUUGCGAGGCACUGCAAAGACGCGCAUUUGGUAGGCUUAUCGGGGAAAAAUUGGAUUUUGUGGGAUUUUGUUCAGUGCUCAUUGUCAGUCGAUGAAAACGCCAUUUGGCGGAGGCCACGCUCAUAUUGUAUUAUCGCAGCAUUUCUCUGCAUUCACGCUCUGUUCCUAAUCCGGAUGCCUCAACAGAGCGCGCGAUUGCAGUGAAAUGCACUCAUAAUAAGCUCUGGAGACCGCAGAAAGAAUUCACAAAUUGCUUAUCAACAAUGUGUGUUUACAGUUCAACAUCCUCCUCAAAUCGCACCUUUCGACACGCGGCGAGCUCGUCGUCACGACGGGCGCCGAAUACCAGAACUAUGUGGGACUGAAGGUGGCCGGACGGACCCAAUCGACCGUGAAACGGACAAUAUUGCCGUCGACAAGCUCGGCCCCCUCCACUUCCACUUCCACUUCUUCUUCUUCGGCUCAACCGACGGGACCGCCGACACGAAAUCCGAUCACGGUCUCGCUUGCGGACGGCGGAAAUGCUGCGCUUUUAUCGAUUGCCGCCUCAAUUGUUGGAGACCAAUAA